UCAACUCAGCAACAACAAUUGCUAUAACAUAAAACUUAGAUUUGAGUCACUGAAAACAUCAAAAGCCACAUGGAUUGGUUCCUAAAAUCAUCGGAAGCCAUGUCCAACCUUAAUCCAUUCAACAUCACCAUCUUACUCAUCCUCCCACUAACAACACUUCUUUUCGUUUUGCUACAUCGUACUCGUCGAAGAGCACCGUAUCCACCGGGACCAAAGGGUUUGCCCAUCAUAGGAAACAUGUUGAUGAUGGACCAGUUAACCCACCGCGGUCUUGCCACCCUCGCCAAGCAAUUCGGCGGCGUUUUCCACCUCCGCAUGGGCUUCCUCCACAUGAUAGCCAUCUCCGACCCCGACGCGGCGCGUCAGGUUCUCCAAGUCCAAGAUAAUAUCUUCUCCAAUCGCCCCGCCACCAUCGCCAUCAGCUACCUCACCUACGACCGCGCCGACAUGGCCUUCGCACACUACGGCCCCUUCUGGCGCCAGAUGCGCAAGCUCUGCGUCAUGAAACUCUUCAGCCGAAAGCGCGCCGAGUCCUGGCAAUCCGUGCGCGACGAGGUCGACGGUGCAGUCCGCUCCGUCGCGGCUUCCGCCGGAAAAGCCAUCAACGUCGGCGAGCUCGUGUUCAACCUGACGAAAAACAUCAUCUACCGCGCGGCCUUUGGGUCGAGCUCCCAGGAGGGACAGGAAGAGUUCAUUGGGAUUCUGCAGGAGUUUUCGAAACUCUUUGGCGCUUUCAACAUCGCGGAUUUUAUACCCUACCUCGGGCGCGUGGACCCGCAGGGGCUCAACGCGCGCCUUGCUAGGGCUCGCGGCGCGUUGGAUAGCUUCAUAGAUAAGAUCAUUGAUGAGCACGUAGAGAAGAAGAAGAAUGGGAAGGGUGUCUGUGAUGGAGAAACGGACAUGGUGGAUGAGUUGCUCGCGUUCUACACCGAAGAGGCCAAGUUGAACAAUGAACCUGAAGAUUUGCAGAACUCUAUCAGACUCACUAAGGAUAACAUCAAAGCUAUCAUUAUGGAUGUGAUGUUUGGAGGGACGGAAACCGUGGCAUCAGCGAUUGAGUGGGCCAUGGCGGAGCUAAUGAGAAGCCCAGAAGACCAAAAGAGGGUCCAACAGGAGCUCGCGGAUGUAGUGGGCCUGGACCGUCGGGUCGAAGAGUCCGAUUUUGAGAAACUCACGUUCCUAAAAUGUGCCCUUAAAGAGACCCUACGCCUCCACCCUCCGAUCCCGCUCCUCCUCCACGAGACGGCCGAGGAAGCGACGGUUAGCGGCUACUUCAUUCCCAAGAAAGCGCGCGUGAUGAUCAACGCGUGGGCAAUUGGGAGAGACAAAAACUCAUGGGAGGAACCCGAAACAUUCAAACCCGCCAGGUUUUUGGAACCGGGCGUGCCCGACUUCAAGGGUAACAACUUCGAGUUCAUUCCUUUCGGGUCGGGUCGCAGGUCCUGCCCCGGGAUGCAGUUGGGGCUGUACGCGCUUGAAUUGGCGGUGGCUCACCUCCUUCACUGCUUCACGUGGGAAUUGCCAGAUGGAAUGAAACCCAGUGAGUUGGACAUGGGUGACAUUUUCGGACUCACCGCUCCAAAAGCCACGCGACUCAUCGCUGUGCCAACCAAGCGCGUGGUGUGCCCUCUCUUUUAGAAAAAAAAAAACAAAAAUAAAAACAACAACAAUUUAAUCCCUUUUAUUUUCUUUUUUUUUUCAUAUUUUAUUUUCAUCCCAAUUAUACAUAAUCAUCAUAAAUAAUACGAAGUGAGAGAAACAAUAAGAAUGUGGUACAUGUAGUUGUUCUCUCUAUUUCGAAAACAAAAAACUGAAAAACUCUUCUUGAUUCGAUGUGUUUCUUUUUGCCCCACUUGCGUUUUUUAUUCUUAUGUGUAAUACAUCGAAAUAUUAGUGAAGCAGCCACUAAAAAGAGUGAGUGGCCAUGGUGGAAAUGUGACAAA